AUGGAGAACGGCUGGCGGCCAUUCACGGCGUCUACGGGCCGGCGACCACAAACGAGCCGGGCGGGGUACAGCGAGUACGGGGCGGGAGAGUCGGACUAUGGACAUCACGGCGGGGAGUACGAGUACGAGGACGAGAUGGAGGACGACGAGUCGGACGCGGGCGAGGACGUGUUUGCCUUCCUGCCGCCCUCGACGGCCGACGCGGCCCGACUGGACCUGCCGCCGCCCGCGCCGGUGCACGACCCGACGCCGAGGCACAUAGGGCCCGAACCGGGGAUCGCGCUCCCCAAACCGCCCUCUGUCGUCCCCCUCGCCGAGUCCCCGCCAUCAACAGACCACGCGGCUGCCACGGCGUACGGCACCGAGGACGGCUUCAGGCUGAGCAGGCUGCCCGGGACCGGAUCGAGCGGCGCCGCGGUCCGGGUCAGGCUGGCGGACAGCGACGACGGCGGGAAGGGCAAGCGCCGUGCGAGCGAGGUCCCCACCCUCGAGAGCCGCGCCAGCUAUCUGUACCCGCCCCCGUCGUCCCCCGGCGGGAGCGUCAAGGUUGAAUUUGACUUUAAUGGGAUCGACGAGGAGGAGGACUCGCCCUACGCCGAGGUCAGGGCCAGCGUCAGCAACAUCGACGACCCGGAGAUGCCCGCGUUGACGCUCAGAAUGUGGCUCGUCGGCCUCACCCUCAACCUCGUCGGCGGCGCACUCAACGUCUUCUUCAAUUUCCGCCAACCGGCGCCGAGCAUCGUGCCCUUCCUGCUCAUGAUGAUCGCACACCCGAUAGGCAAGGUGCUUGCGCUGGUGCUGCCCAUCAGCACCUAUACCCUCCCAGGCGGAUUGACUAUCUCUCUCAACCCCGGGCCGUGGAAUAUCAAGGAGCACGCCCUGGUGUUCAUCAUGUCCAACGUAUCCAUCGGCACCCCAUACGCUCUCAACGCCAUCGUCGUCGGAGAGUAUUACUACAACAUACACCUCGGCUUUGGCUUCACCAUCCUUCUCGUCCUCGCAACCCAGCUCACCGGCUUCGGAUUGGCCGGCUUGUGCAGGCGGUUCUUGGUAUGGCCCGCAAGCAUGGUCUGGCCCCAAAACCUCGUCGCAUGCGCCUUCCUCAACACCCUCCACGCCGAAGCCGACGAUUCCGAACUCGGCGCCGGCGGCAUCUCGCGAUACAGGUACCUCUGCUACGUCGCAGGCGGCGCCUUUGCGUGGUUCUUCCUCCCCGGCUACCUCUUCCAGGCGCUCAGCGUCUUCAACUGGGUCUGCUGGAUCGCACCCCGGAACGCCGUGAUCAACCAGAUAUUCGGCGUCGAGAACGGCAUGGGCCUGACGCUCCUUACGUUCGACUGGACCGUUAUCUCGUGGAUUGGGAGCCCGCUCAUGACGCCGUGGUGGGCCCAAGUCCACAUCUUCGGCGGGUUCGCGUUCUUCUACUGGUUCCUGGCCCCGAUUCUGUACUACACCGACUCAUGGUUCCUCGGCCACUUCCCGAUGUUCGCCACCGCGCCGUACGACCGAUACGGGAACACGUACAACUACACGGCCGUGCUGACCACUUCGGACACGUUCAACGAGACGGCGUACGAGGAGUACUCGCCGCUCUACAUGCCCGCGGCAUACGCAAUGACGUACCUCAUCGCGUUCACCUUGUGCACAUGUGUGCUCACGCAUACGGUGCUGUAUCACGGCCGCGCGGUGCUGAACGGCCUGAAGAGGAUGGACAUCGAGAAGGACGAUAUCCAUGCGAAGCUGAUGCGGAACUACGCGGAGGUGCCCGAUUGGUGGUACGCCUCGGUCGGUGUGGUGUUCAUGGCGCUGGCCAUCGUCGCCAACGAGGUGUGGCACACAGGCAUGCCAGUAUGGGCCAUCAUCUUUUCCCUCGCCCUGCCGAUCGUAUACGUCCUCCCGAGCGGCUUCAUCUACGCCAUGACAGGCCAAGGCAUCACGCUCAACCUGCUCGCCCAAAUCAUACCCGGAACACUCCUGCCCGGCAAACCGCUCGCCAAUCUCGUGUUCAAGGCGUACAGCGUGCAGACGCUGACGGAGGCCACGUCGUUCGUGCAGGAUUUAAAGCUGGGCCACUAUAUUAAGAUCUCGCCGCGGGCGACGUUCAAGGUGCAAUUCGUGGCGACGUUCAUCGCGGCGUUCGUCCAGGUCGGCGUCAAAGAAUGGAUCUUCGCCAACGUCCCAGACAUCUGCAACCCAGACCAAGAGAGCCACUUGACGUGCCCGCACAAUCAGGUCUUCUUGACCGCGAGCGCUAUCUGGGGUCUGAUCGGUCCGUCGAGGCAGUUCGGCGGCGGGUCGAUGUACCAGCCGCAGUUGUAUGCGAUCAUUGUGGGCUCGAUCUUGCCGAUUCCGUUUUGGUACUGGCAGAGGAGAAGACCGAAUAGCUGGGCGAAGUACAUCUCCACGCCCGUCGUGUUGAACGGUGUCUCGUACAUCCCGCCCAGUGUGGGCAUCAACUUCUCGUCGUGGUUCACCGUGGGCUUUAUCUUCCAGUAUGUCAUCCGGAAACGCAACUUUGCGUGGUGGUCCAAGUUCAACUACGUCACGAGCGCGGCGUUGGAUAUCGGCACCGUCGCUGCUGUCAUCAUCAUCUUCUUCACGUUGCAGUUCCCGAAAGGAGGCUUCGAAGUCGACUGGUGGGGCAACAGGGUAUUCAUGCAAACGGCGGACUACAACGCCAUGCCGCUCAUCAAGACCGACCCCGACUCGCCGCUGCCGAAGACGCUCAACAUGAGGUAG